AUGGCGUCUGCGGGUGUCCGCCUGAACCCCGCAGACCGAGAGCAUGGCCUGGCCCUGUUAGGCGAAAGCAACGGCCGACAAAAGGCAAGGAGGAAGUCCGGGGGCCAAUGGGUGGGUGUGAGAGCAACACAUGGGGUUGUCAAGUCUGGCCGGUGGGCUUUCUGUGUCUGGAAUGAGAGCGGUGGCAAUCUUCGGGUCGGCUGGUCAUGCGAACGAGCAACCCUGAAACUAGGCACUGACAAGUGGUCCUUCGGCUAUGGUGGCACUGCAACGAAAUCGAAUGCUGGACAGUUCACCAAGUAUGGUCAAACCUUUGGUCAAGCUGAUGUCGUCCUCUCGGAGGCUUUGGCUCUGUUCAUAGCUUUAGCAGUCAGGUGUGCAGGCAGGUUGGCAUUGCUCCGCUUGCCCAGCGGCCCACCUGCUGCGGGCCAUGGCAUGGAGGUGGUCCAAGAUGGCACGCUCAUGGGCGAUCGGCCGAAGGUCCGCUACAUGUGGCAAGUCCCACAGGCUGCAUCGCCUGAGCUUGUCCUGGCUGGUCGUUCGAAUGCAGGUAAAAGCACCCUUCUGAAUGCGGUGUUGGCUGCAGCCGGAGCAAAAAAGGCCGCUCCGAUGUCCUCCAAAGGUGGUCGAACUCGCACACUGAACUGGUAUCCUAUAGGCUUUAAGAUUCCUUUGGGCUGGCACGGGGAUGGUGUCCGGGUUUCGCAGCAAAGCGAGGGCCAGAGUCUUGAAGACGAACUCAGGGCAGCUGGCGAAGGCUGCUGUUUAGUGGAUUGCUUUGGUCUUGGUGAGGUGGAAUACUCGGAUUUAAAGGCAAAGCGUCUCCAAACUUGGGGACCCUUGUUACGGAAGUUUUUUUGCGAACGCCGUGCCUUGAAGACACUCUGCCACCUCAUCAGCUCUGAGCAAGAAGGCCGGCUGUCACCGGGCGACGAACAGCUUGUGGACAUUUUUCGGCGGAGCGCAGCAGACCGCAACUCUUCGGGUCUUCCGCCGCUUCGCUAUGUUGUAGUCUUGACCAAGACGGACUUGUACGAAUCCUCGCAGGUUGCACAGUUUCAGGAAAAGCUGAGAGAGGCUCUGUUGGAUCUUGGGCAGCCGCCCUCUGACAUCGUGUCCUGUACUUCGCUCAGCACUGAGGGAAUCAAGGAUUUCCAGACAGUUGUGAAUGAAGCAGUCCGGCGAGGGUGGGAUCAGCUGGACGAGUGGAUCGCUGAUGCGAUGAAAACACGAAGACUUCCUCAGGGCAGAAACAAAAACGAAAGGCAAAGUGCCAAAGCGGCCUACACAUCCACGGCAAAGCAAUCUGCCAGACAGCCCUCUCGCGGUGGCAAAGAUACGAUCCGCGCAAGACCUGUGGCACUGUCUGCUGUUCUCGGAUGCAUGUACCUCAACACCAGCACGAACUCCGGCACAGUAGUCGAGGCCAUCACUUGCUGUGUGGACUUGGACCGGCGAGCAAUCACGUACAUGAAGAACGGACGAGAAAUCCCUGGCGACGCUUUCACUCUCAGCAAGGACUUGCAUGGAUGGGCCUUGUUCCCCCACGUGUACACAAAGGAAGCAACGUUCUCCGUGUCUUUUGAUGGACGCGGCGGAGCCCCACCGCUUGUGGGUGGAUACCAGUGGCUCGCGCAAGCAGAGAAGGGCACUCUUUCGCCCAGCCCCAAGCAACCUCGAGCCGGACAGGGCGAAGAGGAUCUAGAGGACGGGGCUACGAGCACCUCUGGCGGCUUCGUGCUGACAGCAUACGGAUGGCGAAAUGCUGCGGAAGUGGGCGUGCGAAUGGCCUCUGGAGCUUAUGCCCCGCUUACUCAAUCUGCUGCACAGACAGGGCUCAGCAUGAACUGCUGCCAAAUUCUGGCAGUGAUCCUGGUGAAUGUCCUUGCUCUCCCUCUUCAGAUCUUGGCUUUGCCAUUCCAACUGCUCUUUAUUUUGCUCAUGCCACUGGUGAGCUUCUGCUCGGCACUCAGCUUGAGGAGGCGAGCUGCAGCCAUUGAUCGACGGGCAGAAGAUCCGCUCGUUGCGCAAACUUGGGGAUCAUUGGAGGAGCUCUUGUCCCGACCUGCGGUCAGUGUCGACGUCUCCGCGACAUGGCCGAUGGUAGUGCUGGCAGCCCUACUGCUUCCAAUGAUCUUGGUCAACAACUUACUUGCCAUCUGGAUCCCGCCGUACUUUGCUCACAUUGCCCGGAUGGCAAAAUGGCACCAGCUGUCUGCCACAGGCUGUGGGAAGGUGCUCUUCUCCUGGUAUUACUGGAACUGGCAUGUCCUCUUCGGUACUCUGAUCGCAUACAUGGGGCAGCGGCGUGUCAGUGUCUAUGCCUUUGAAGGUGAGGCGCAAGGUGGUGGUGACUAUUGGUGGCAUGGACAAGGCUACUUCACUGGGACGCACGCUCUGGUUGAUCAACUCGCUAUGGGUGUGCAAGAUCGUGGAUUAGGACGCGCCGCCUUCGAUGCGGUGGUUCCAGAAGUCUUCCCGCUCGACUCGAUGAUAUUUCUCCCCAACAGCCACGAGGCGACCUCCAAGUGGGCUGAAACCCGGAAAGUCAUGCACGACUUCUGGCUUUCAGAACAGGGCCCAAACUAUGCGCAGCGGGUCGGACACUUGAAGGGACUCGUCAAAGAAAGCUGGAGCACUCCCAGCCUGGACAAUUUGGCUAACAUCAAGGUAGCGUCGGUCUUGGUGUCUCGGUGCCUGUUCUACGUCUUCUUCGGCCAUUGGCUAAAUGACGAAGAGGCCAAUGUCAUGAGCCGUUGGGCCCGCGAUGCACCACUGCUUGUCACGCCUCGGUUCAUGCACCGGUUGAUGUUCAACUUCUUCGUGCACCAGUGCAAAGACUUUCGUGCAGAGACCAUCGCGCUGAUCAGCAAGCAUAAGCUUGGGCACAUCUUCAGCACCAUGAACUCAACCUUCUCUUCCGCCAACCGUCGCAAGUACGACAUCGACCUUUGCAAUGAGCUGAUGUUCGUUAUUGGUUUUGCUGGGAUCGGCGGGCCUAGUCGUGCUGCGGCUUCGGUGGCGAAGUUCCUGCUGGCAAAACAGUCGGAAGACCAGGCUGGUGUGACCUUCAGCGGGGCGAACAGCCACUUGAUGAUCGCCUUGUACAAGAAGGACCCCAAGGCCUUCAUCAUGGAGACCUGCCGUAUUUCAUCUCCAGUGGGAACCUUCACCACCCGGCUGACCGCAAGCGCUGCGAAAGAGCUCGGGCUCGGCCUGGACCUAGGCAAAGCCCAGGAGACGCAUCUGGCGGGAGUGAUCAACGUUUCGAACGUGGAUCCCAGGAAGUUCCCGGAGCCCUACAAAUUUGACCCUGCACGGCCAAACUUGCCGGAUGCACUUACGUGGAAUGGAAAGGCUUUCAGUUCCAGAGAAUGCGAUUACCCUCGCCUUUGCCCCGGGCGAGAUUUGAGCAUAGAGAUCGUGAAAACUCUGGCAGAGGUAGCCUUGGAGGGAACAGGAAGUUAG